GGCUGCGGUACCGCACACGAUCACACGCGUUAUUCACACAGACGCCGCCGCCGCUAUGAAUUCAUAUUCUAUUCCCCAAUAGUAACACAGGCCGCUUAUAAUAAAAACUAUUCUGAACGGACAGAGCAUGCGCAAGGUUUAGGGGGCGGGGUCGACGUCUGCCAAUCAACGGACACUGGCGAAACUAAGACAAUAUGGACGGCAACUUCACCUCUCAGAGCAGCGACCUGACUGAGCGGAGCCAUCGCAGGAGACUUUCUUCGAUUUUAAAAGCGCCUCGUAGCCCCCUGAAAUAUCUGGGAAGUGGAAAUGAGCUUUGUCAGGAACCCGCUAUUGAAAAGCGCCGGACAAGCUCUCGCCGUGUGAGCUUUGCUGAGACUAUAAGAGUUUUCACACCAGAGCUGCAGGCGACUGGAUCAGCUGAUCAGGAAAAUGAAGGUUUUGGGACCAGCACUUCGUGUAGUAAUAUGAACAAAGGACCAGCCAGUACAUGUGAGAUUGCAGGAAUGGACACGCUGCUUCAUGGACCUAUUCAGGCCCCAGGUCACAGUGCAGAUUGGAAUUAUUCUGAUGGCACUAAAGACAGAACAAUUUUCUUCUCUUCGGACAAUGAUAUGGACAUGACCUCAAGCAACACAAUAGCCAUUCAUGGACUGAUCGAAGAGAAAGCGAAGAAGAUAGACACCAGCCAGUUCUUGGCCAGCCUAAAACCUCAAACCAGUGAGGAAGUGGUCAAAAACAAGGAUUUACAAUUGUCAACCAGUUGUGACAAACCUGCGAUCGAGAGACAAUCUGCCGUGGAGAAGAAAAUAAAGUUUAGUGACUUCUUGGCAAGUCUUGCAGGCGAUAAAUCUAAAGCAGCGGAUGAUGAAAAGGAGAACAUUUUUCUAUUUGCUCCCACCCAGGACAAUACAGGAAACGUGACCCAGAUGUUCAGAGAGCAAGACGAUGGACUGGACCUGACAAGAUGCCACACAACCAACAUCGAUUCUUUUUUCCCAGGCAAUUUAACUUCCACCAAUAACGCCCCCAGUCAACCUAAGUCGCUCUCUAUAUUCGAGCUCAGUCAUGUCAAAGGCAACAAUAUACACAGAUUAACUUCUAAUGACCAAACUGUGUUCAUAGAAGAUGACAUGGAUAUAACCUGUAGUCAUACCACUCGCAUAGGGCAAAUGGUUCCUACUCAAGGAGUCCAGCCACACACAUCCCAAGGGGAGAUGGAUAAAACCGUCCAUUUCAAUAAGGAAAAUGAGAUGGAACUUACCAGAAACAGUUCAGUUUUCGUCAAUGACAAGCGAAAUGUAACAUCUGUUCAGGGGAAGGAAAGGUUCUUUGGCCUGGAGCUCACCACUCUUCUUCCUCAAGGAGAGGACAUGGACAUUACGAGAAGUCAUACGACUCACAUAAGGCAAAGCUGCCUUCCUCAAGAAGUCCAAUCACAUACAUCCCGAAAUGAGACUCUUUUAUCUUCCGAUAAAACUAUUCGUUUUGAUAAGGAAAAUGAAAUGGAACUUACCAGAAAUAAUUCUGUUUUCUUGAACGAGGAUCGAAGAGUUUCAUCUGUUCAACAGAAAGUCUUCUGCAUGGACAAUACAACUCUUCUUCCUGUGGGAGAGGACAUGGAUUUAACCUGUAGUCAUACUACUCGCAUAAGGCAAAGCAGCCCUCAUCGGGACACCGUCGCCCAGAUGUCUACAUACCCAACUGAGAUGGCUUCGACCUCCGAUAAAACUAUUCAUUUUGAUAAAGAAAAGGAAAUGGUACUUACUAGAAACAAUUCAGUUUUAACAAACCGGAAUCCAAAUGUAACAACUGUUCAAAGGAAAGAAAGAGUCUUCGGCCUGGAGCUCACCACUCUUCUUCCUCAAGGAGAGGACAUGGAUAUGACCAGAAGUCAUACCACUCACAUAAGGCAGGGCUGCCUGGCUCAGGAAGAACUGUUGCAUACUUGCCAAAAGAAGGCUGAUAGAACUAUUCACUUUGAUAAAGAAAAUGAAAUGGAACUUACCAGAAACAAUCCAAAUGUAUCAACUAUUCAAAGGAAGGAAAGAGUCUUUGGUCUGGAGCUCACUACUCUUCUUUCACAGGGAGAGGACAUGGAUAUGACGAGAAGUCAUACAAUGGUCAUUGAGAGCAUUCCAGGUAGGUCACAUAAUCAGUCGGUAAAGGAUGUUACCAUUCAUCAGGAAGGUGAGAUGGAGAUGACGAAAGUCCAUACCGGUCUACUUACUGCUGCUAGAAAGUCACAGUCUUGGAACAAAGGAAAUCCAACAUUUGAAUCCUUCAAGGAUAAAACAUUGUAUCUAGGAGACCACGAUGAUAUGGAUAUGACCAGAGCACAUACAGUAGCUAUUGAGAACAAGUUAAUAGCUGAGAUUGGUAAUAAUUCAGUGAAAAGUAUGUCACAGAAUGUUAGUUCUGUAUUAAUAAAUAAAGAAAGCAUCUUUUGCUCAGAUCAUACUACUCUACUUCCUCAGGGAGAGGACAUGGAUAUUACACGAAGCCAUACAAUGGUUAUUGAGAGAAAUCCAGUAGGGUCCCAUGAACAAUCCGUAAAGGAUGUAACAGUCUAUCAGGGAGGUGAUAUGGAGAUGACAACAGUCUAUGCCGGUCUUCCUACUACUGCUAGAAAAUCGCAGUCUUGGAAUAAACUAAAUCUACCUUUUGAAUCCUUUAAAAAUAAAACAUUGUAUCUCGGAGACCAAGAUGAUAUGGAUAUGACCAGAGCACAUACAGUAGCCAUUGAGAACAAGCUGAUAGCGGAGAUGGGUGAAGAUCAUGUAAAAAGCACGUCGCAAAAUGUUACUUCUGCACUGACAAAAAAGGAAAGCGUGUUUAGCUUGGAGCAUACAACUCUGCUUCCUCAGGGAGAGGACAUGGAUAUUACAAGAAGCCAUACAAUGGUCAUUGAGAGAAAUCCAGUAGGCUCAAAAGAUCAAUCCACCUCAGUAAAAGAUGUGACUAUCCAUCAGGUAAACGAUAUGGAGAUGAAAACAGUCAAUGAUGGUCUACUUACUACUAGAAAAUCGCAGACUUGGAACAAAGUGAAUCUACCGUUUGAAUCCUUCAAGGAUAAAACAUUGUAUCUAGGCGACCAGGAUGAUAUGGAUAUGACCAGAACACAUACAGUAGCCAUCGAGAACAAGAUGAUAGCAGAGAUGGGUAAAGAUCGUGUAAAAAGCACGUCGCAUAAUGUUAGUUCUGCACUGACAAAAAAGGAAAGUGUCUCUUGCUCGGAGCCUACAACUCUGCUUCCUCAGGGAGAGGACAUGGAUAUUACGAGAAGCCAUACAAUGGUCAUUGAGAGAAAUCCAAUAAGUUCACAUGAUCCAUCCACUUCAGUAAAGGACAUCACUCUUCCUAAUUCUGCUAAAAGAAACACAAUUUCUUGGGAGAAUGACCCUGCACAUAAGGAGUUGAAGCAGCAUCCUUAUGACAUAACUGUCCAUCAGGAAGGUGACAUGGAGAUGACGACAGUCAAUGCCGGUCUACUUGCUACUGCAGUCUUGGAACAAAGACAAUCGCAGUCUUGGAACAAAGUAAAUCCAUCGUUUGAAUCCAUCAAGGAUAAAACAUUGUAUCUAGGGGACCAAGAUAUGGAUAUGACCAGAGCUCAUACAGUAGCCAUUGAGAACAAGCUGAUUGUAGAGAUGGGUAAUGAUUGUAUAAAAAGUGUGUCCCAAAAUGACGUCUGUUCGGCAUCAGUAAAGAGUCAUCUCGGUAAAAACAUUUCCAGGCCUCGUUCGGUGCAUGACUUUAGUAGGAGAAACUAUACAGAGUUAGAUCAAGAUAUGUAUAUUACACAAUCCAAUACAGUUUUUAUUGACCGUAAUAAGCCUGGAAAUGAUCUGCAACUUCCCAUGUCUGCCAGACCGUCUCUUGUGGAGGGGAAAACUUUACAUUUAGAAAUGGGAAAAGGUAUUGACUGGGCAGUGGACCUGGAUAAUGGAAACCAUUUGGAGAAACAUACCCGUGUGUCUAUGGAAUCACCAGAUAAGACUAUAUUUUUAUAUGAACAGAAUGAUAUGGACAUUACUAGGUCCCAUACUACAGCCAUCGAAAGCAAAGCAUUAGAAGGGGCGGAGGUUAUAAACGUUAAUACUAAAAAGCCAACCGAUAGAUCAAGAACUGCAUUACUGACUAAUAAUAAUCUGCAACUUCCCAUAUUGUCGAGACGGUCGCUUGCGGAAGGGAGGGCCUUAGAUUUAGAAAUGAGAAAGGAUAAAGGAGUCGACCUAGCAUCUGACAAGGAUAAAGGGAAUCUUUUGGAGAAGACUAUAUUUUUAUAUGAACAUAAUGAUAUGGACAUUACCAGGUCCCAUACUACAGCCAUCGAAAGCAAAACAUUGGAAAGUGCAAAGAAUCAAAAUGUUAAUACUGAUCAGCAAACCAAUAGAAAUGCUGUUCUUGAGCAAACAAAUAAUAAUUUGCAACGUCCCUUAUUGUCGAGACGAUCCCUGGUGGAAGGGAGGACUUCAGAUUUAGAAAUGGGAAGGAAUACCAAUAUUGAUUCUGGAAACUAUUUGGAAAAAAAUAUUCCUGUGUCUACUGCAUUACAGGAUAACAGUCUAUUUUCAUAUGAACAGACUGAUAUGGAUGUUACCAAAUCUCAUACUACAGCCAUCGAAAGCAAAAUACUGGAAGACGUGAAGACUGCGCCAAGAGCUCAAUUUGUAACGAACAAUCCACAAGUUUCCGUAUUGUCCAGACGGUCCCUUGUGGAAGAGAGAACUUUAGCUUUAGACAUGAAAAGGGCUAAAGACUGGGCAUUUGAAAAGGAUAAAGGAAACCACUUGGAGACACAAGCUCCUGUGUCUAUUGAAUCACAAGAUAAGACUAUAUAUUUAUAUGAACACAAUGAUAUGGACGUUACCAGGUCCCAUACUACGUCCAUCGAAAGCAGAAUGCUUGAAAGCACAAAGGCUAAAAAUAUUAUUCCUGCUCCAACAAAUGCCUCUGUUACAUCUGCGAACAUGAUGCACUCCAAGGAAGAAGACAUGGACUUCACAAAGUCAAAUACAGUCUUUAUAGACCAACUACGUGAUAGAAGCCUUCAGUUUUCGGACAUCCUCCCUAAGAGGAAGAGUGUUUCUUACCGCCAGAAGUCUUUAGCUUUCAGUGACGAAACUGUACGUCUUGUUUGCAAUAUGGAAGAGACUGAUCUGAAUGUUCCUCCUACAGAAGGUUUAAUGAAUAAGUCUUCCUUUGAUAAAACUGUGUGUCAUCAGGGUGAGAUGGAAAUGACCAAAUCUCAUACAGUUGCCAUUGAGAACAAAGCCUUGGAUGCCGCUCCUGUUACUACUCCUGUAAGAGUUUGUUCUCCAGUUUCUAGUAGCAUGACUUCAUGCGACAUAGAACAAACCAAAGCCCAAGCGGCAUCCGUCGAUGGUGCACGUGCUGAAAGUGGACCCCUAGUCUCUAAACAUGGUGUUUCCGACAAUAAACUAGGAUCUGAAAAUGGAUUCCAAGAUCAAUUGUUAGAAUCAAAAAGUGUGAGUCUGGAAAUGACCAGCGAGCUUAGAUCUGUUAAGGAGGUUGACUUAUUGAGUUGUGAUCCCUCGGUUCUUGCUUCUGAUUCUAGGGACUAUGUCGGACCUGAAGGACCGAAAACGUAUGCCCCUCCUGUAGAAACGUUAACUUUUGAUCCUCAAAAAGACCCAGAAAUGUCACCGGAAAAGAAGUUGAAAAAAGAGAAGGGAAAGAGGGUUUCUUUUCAAAUACUGGAAAAAGAGAUCGUGGCCAAGGAUGUAAUGUCUGACCAAGUCACUGAAACGUUUGGGUCACAACGACUAAAACCUGAUCUAGUAGAAUAUCACAACAAAACUGUCCAAAAGAUAGAGCAAACGUCUGAUUUGAUUGAUCAAGUUACAGGUACAAUCCAGGCUACUGAAAACGUGGAAGAUAAAUCCCUUCACAAAGACCCCCAAAUAUCAGAGAUGAAUGUUAGUUUUCCUGAAGACAUCUCCUCUAAUUUUAAAGCUUUUGGGACUUCACAAGAAGUCAAAAGUCAUCGUAGAAGUGUUGCUGAUAUUCGGUUAAAGAUAAAGAGUUUGACCAAGAAAUGGAAAGUUUCUCCCCAUCACACGGCACCGGUCUCCAGCCUUAUUGAUCAGCUCCCAGCAGCUUCCCAGACUGUGGACCCUUCAGGUUCUGUACAAGGAUUAAAUGCAGAGCUGUCCAAAACAGAAGGCAUUCAAGAAAAGGAACCCGAAGAUGAACAAAACAAAGCAACAGCGAGGGAAAAUCUCUUACCAAAAAGGUUAUCUCUUAAAGUGUUUCAUCCCAAGUUGCCCAACAAAAGGGCAUCAAGCACAAGUAACGUUCUCGAACCGGCUUUGUCUUCAGGUUCUGGGGCUCCACCCCAAAACAACCAAUGUUCUACUGCGUUCCUCAAGACUUUAAGUGUUACGGACGAUAGGCCAUGUAUAGAUGAAGAGAUGCUUCCUGCUUGUCCUGAUGAUCAAGAUAUCCCUAGUAUUCUCCAAUACGAGGUGCCUGAAGGAGCUUGGGAGGAGUUGUGUGAAAAAGAAGCUCUGCAGCAUAACCUGACCGUAUCUACUGAGCAACCAAGAGAUUCCACCAAUGCUCAGAAAAGAGUCAGAUAUUCAGAGGAUGAUGAUGAGAGUCAACAGGAAAAGAGAGCCAGGCGGAAUGAGGAUAUAUUGGAAAAAGAUGACGCACAAACCACAACGGCUUUUAGAAGUUCUGACAAGUCCUACAGGAGUGAUGAUCCUCACGCAAGUAAAACCAUGGAGCAGACGGGUUACAGCAGCAGCAGCUCUCAAGAUUCCAGGGCCGGUGGGAUGUCUCUAUCGUUUGGCUGUAGUCAGCAGUCCAGUCAGAUGGAUUCUCAGUUACCGUGGGACAAUGGAUGUGAGAACACCCUGUGGCAGAAAUUUCAAGAUGGCACCAUUACAGUGCAGGAGUUUUUCAUGCUGCUAAGAAUCCACAUUCUUAUACAGAAGCCAAGAUAUAGUGAGCGUCCGUCCAAGCGUGGUAUGGAUGAAGAAGCCACAGCAUCAGAAAUCCUACUGGAUCAAUAUGUAUAUCGGCCCAAACUGCAGGUGUAUGAGGAGGAGUGUCACACCAUGUACCAAAAAAUAGAGAAGCUGAAGACGUCCACAGAGCUGCAGCACAAGCCUCUAGUGCAGGUGAAUAGCGUCCUCUGGGAAGCUCUGCGAAUGUGCUCGGAAAAUGAGCUGAUGUACUUUGGAGUCUCCCUGAAAAACAUGAAGUCCUUGUAUUCCAAGAAAAGCAAACGUCUGGCGCACGAGGAGAAGGUGUCUACGUACACGAAGCUGCUUCACUCCGCCCAGACCCAAUCAGAGCAACUGCGAACAAGACUGCGUGAGGCCGAGCGGCUUCUGACGGAGCUGGAGGACGGCCUCUCCACCAUAGAAAGGGAAACUGAAAGACUGACGGAAGAAUGUAGAGACGACAACCGGGCAAUGACAGACCAAAGCUGCAUGAAGAGACAGACAGAAAUUGAUGGAUUAAAGUCCCAGGAGCAGAGUUUAAUCAGGCAAAGUUUGGAGCUAGAAGAAAGGAAAGAAAGGGCCUUGGGACAGCUUGGACGCCUGCAAGAAGAAGCUCAGGUCAUUGAGAAGCGCUUAGAACAAACCAGUUUCUCAGAAUGGGAAAUGGUUAAAUGGUCGGAGACAGAGGCGGCUUUUACUUUCCUCUAUGGUUGUCUGGAACUUUCCAUCUCGUUCGGAGAUUAUAUAGAUGGUGAAAAGUUUAAUAACCAACCUUGCAGAACAAUUUCUAGUGUGACCGUGGAGUCUCAGCUGGAAGACGAGUCGGCGCCGCCUUCAUCUUGUCUGGUCCACAGACUGAUUUUUCAGUAUGUCGAAAAGAAGAAAGCCUUUCACGAGACCUAUAAAACCCAGAAGGACCUACCUCAGCUUCUCUUUGACUUGUCGCUGGUGGUGAGCCGAUGCAGGUUACUUGGGGAAGAGUUGGAGUACCUGAUCCAAUGGGGGGGACUGUACAACAUAUCCAGGGUCCAAGUACUUGGUGACCAAGUUCGGCUCCUGUUCUCCAGCUCGGCCGCUCUUGCGAAGUUUGAGCUGAUAAUAGAACUUUCGGACUCCUACACAUCCGCCCCGCUGACCUAUACGACGAGGAAUCUUAUUGGGGGCGUUACAAACGGCAGAAUCACUGACAUUAUGGCAAACGUUCCCUGCGGACUCUGGUACCUGAAGAGAACGGUGAAAUCCAUAUAUGAGAACCUGCUUAAAUAAGAUAUUCAAUAAUAAAGUCCAUCAUCCUCGGAGGCAGUGUUUCCCAAUCGGGGUGCCUCCAGCUGUUGCAAAACUAUAAUUCCCAGCAUGUAAUAAACCAUCAGAAGCUACAGCAGCAUGAAGGACAAUAGAGAGCAGCAUUGAGCAGUGUAAGCUAGUAAGUAUAAAACUUACUAGAGCAGUGUUUCCAAACCAGGAUGCCUCCAGCUGUUGCAAAACUACAACUCCC